CGGGGAAAUCACCGUUUCAAAGACGUCAAAUAUAUCCAACCGUGGAUGAUGUCACACAGGUGCGAAGCCUGCUGAGUUUGCCCAUGAGCUAGGUAGAGACUUGCGCGCACGGGCUACAGCCUACAGGACGAGCUUACCUCUUGAGGACUCAGGCUGAGCGCAUUCAAGGGGUUGAAGGAGGAGGUUUGACGUCAAGGGUUCAUGAGCGCUUCAUAUGCAUCUUAUGAGAAGAGCUGCUUCAAGAUCUCUGAAGCAUAAAUCAGUUCUGUGUGGAGACAGUGGUGGUGAUAGAUGGCGUCUCGAGCAGCAAACAAUGAGGAGAAGGACGGCGGUACGGCGCUCGCAGCGAGGGCAAGGGUGGACGCUCUCCUGACUGCUGCAAAGGAAGGCGACGUCGCCAAGUUCAAGGAGAAGGUGGAGCUGUGCGAUGAGGGCCAUGGGCCGCAGAAGGUAGUCAGCGACACCAAGGAUGGGAACGGGCGCACGGCGCUUCAUUUUGCGGCGUCUCAGGGCCAUGUUGACCUGUGCAGGUAUCUGCUCGAGGAUUUGGAAGCACCCGUCAACGCCCAAGACGAUGAGGGACACACUCCACUCGCGCUGGCAGUAAUGCAGAGCCGUCCGGAAGCAAGCAAGCUGCUGCUGGAGAAGGGCGCAGACCACUCUAUCCCUCAUCAGCAGACAGGGGCCGUGCCAAUGCACCACGCUGCGCGGGCUGGGGCUAGCGAGGUCGUGGGCAUGCUCGCGUCCAAGAACGCUGAUGUGAAUGCACCCAGCAGCUCAGGAACGCCCCUGAUCUGGGCCGCAGGUUGGGGAAACGUCGCUUCAGCUGAGGAGCUCCUGAAGCACGGCGCUGACCCGAACCAGGCGGACCAGGACGGGGUGACACCGCUCCUGGCAGUGGCGGGGUCUGGGAGCCUGGCAAUCGCGAAGAGCUUGAUUGAGGCGAAGGCGGAAGUGAACAAGGACGCGGGCGGCGCCACCCCCCUCCACGUGGCGUCCGAUCAGGGCGACCUCGAGAUGGUGCAGUUACUACUGGCCGCGGGCGCCGACGCCAACCGCCGUGACGCUGAGGGAGCGCGCCCGAUCGACGCCGCGGCCGCAGGAAACCACAGGAAAGUGGUCGAGGCCCUACUUCCCAAGUCGGAGGCCGCAAAGGACGGGGAAUGGAGCGUCGAAGCGCUGAUGAAGAAGGCCGGCGUCCCGAGUUCGUCGGGUCGGGGCGAAGAGGCUGCGCCGUCAAAAUCGGAAGAGGGUCCGAAGGAUGCGAACGGGGACGUGAAGGUCGGGCCGCCGCUGCCGCCGGACUUGUCGAACCCGAAGGUGAAGCGCGCGCAGGAGGCGAAGAUGCGAGGCGACGAGGCGUUCAAGCGGAAACAGUUCAUGGUGGCGGUGGAUGCGUACACCCAGUCCCUCGAUCUCGACCUGGAGAAUGCGACUGUCUUUUCCAACCGGAGCAUCUGCUGGCUGCGGGCGGGGCAACCGGAACAUGCGCUUACAGACGCGAAGGCGGCGCGGAAGCUGGCACCGUACUGGCCCAAGGCUUGCUACCGCGAAGGAGCUGCGUACCGUGCUAUGCUGAAGUUUGAAGAUGCGGCGACCGCGUUCUACGAGGGCGUGCAACUAGAUCCCGAGAACAAGGAGCUCGUCGAAGGUUUCCAAGAGGCGAUCAAGGCGGGGCGGGAAGCGCACGGCGUGAAGCAGCAGAACGGGGGGAGUCCGAACGUGUCUUUUGCGGAGAUGAAGCUAUGACAUUCCUGCAAUUUUGAUCGUUUGAGAUGCGGAAGAAAGAGGCGAGGGGUAUUCCAACUUACACAUAAUACCGUGGCUACUGCCCGUUCAAAAGCCGUGAAGUAUGAGGAGAAUCAGAAAGUAGGCCGCUGCAGAUUGCUUGUAAGUCGAUUGUCACUCGACUCAUAUGAGGCAGAGGUUUAGUGUAUACAAGGAACGGUCUGCACUCUGUGAACCAGCCUUUCAGCUGGCAAAACACCUCCCCAAGCUUCAGCUUGCUCCCUAGAAGUGCUACCAGGGCCUCCCACGGGCCGCGUUCUAAGGGUCGGGAGGGAAAACCGGGCAAAAACGAAGUCGAUCGACGGUCAGCUUGGCGAAUUGGACCGAGCAGUCGGCAUAGGCUAUGAGUGAGCCUUGGCGGUUAUGUUGUGUGGCGAUAGGGCCCCGGCCGGCCGUGCUAAACCCUAAAAGCGAGAUCGGGGCCGCGCAUGCAAACAACGACAUGCAGAAUAAAAGUUUGCCAAGCUCAAAUCAGCGUGACAACGUAGUAAACGAUGCCAACGUUACAAGCUACAUAUUAAGUUCCAGUACCUCCAAGUCAAUGAUGCACUUGAAGCUUCGUGCUUAGAACAUGCUCAUAAAAGGGAUGCUUAAGAACGUGCAGCCUCACGAGUGCCGACCUUCUCACGAUUGCAAUCCGCAUAUUAACAAACAUAAUAAGUUGCGAUGCAAACCUUUGCAUGACAAUCUCCGAGCUAUUUCUAGGACACCUCGACGCCAAAACCUGUGCAACCUGCUUUUGUAACUUUAGAAAUGAACUAUCGACUUCAAGGCAACACAAUAAACGGCAGGAUACAAAUAAAUCUACAAUCAAACCAUAUCAACUCUUACAGCGUCAUAAGGCCGGCCCAUAAGGUCUGUAAUCUAAUCAAAGGCUCGAGGUAAACUUCGUCGAAUCUAUCAGCCCUGCCUAAGUAUGCCAGUUGAAUAGCACAUUUCAGCAGCGACGGUCAUGAAGACCCUCGAAUGCGCAUGUACCUCACCAAGGGUCUAAGUUCGCUUGUAUGGGCGCCUCUCCUCGGCCGCCUCCCCCAACGUGCCCAGCCAGUCCCGGCCUACUCCAUUGAGGUUGUGGCAGGACCCUGAGCAGAAUCUCUGCUCCCCCUGGGACUCCGGUCCAAGCUGGUACCCGCUUGACGACAACGACACAUUCUCUGACCUUGAGGUUAGUGACGCUGAAGACGAAGGGGUGGUAGCACCCAAACGUUGCCGCACACCAUCCCCACCGGCGUCUCCCGGUCGGGUCUCUGUUAAGCGGCGCCUCAAUUUUCCCCGAGGUAAGGAUAUGGCUGACUUAGGUGGUAACCAUGAUGGUACUACCACAGCUGAUGAUGCAGGCAAUGUCAUUGUGAAUGAUAUAAUGCGAGGGAAUCUUUUGUCAGGAAGGCGUGAGAGGGACGCCACCCCGAGUCCCCGCAAUGGCGGGGCAUUUGUUACACCAGUUAAUCAUGCCUUAGCUCGCAAUGGUAAUGGUCUAGAUUUUGAGAGGGGCAAUGGCCCCAUUGAGCAGUCCAUUGUUCCCCCCUCAGUGAUGGUUUCACAGGUCUCUGCUCGUAUGGUUUCGCCCAAUGGGGCGCCAGGUGA